UGUUGACGUCUCACAUCAAUCAGAGUCACGCCGCCACUCUUGGCCAUUUCCCCUCGCUUGGCUGGGGGAGACGGGAGAUGAGCGCGGGUGAAUGGUGACCUGCGGUUCCGCUCUCGGUGCGUGGUGAUGGAGGGUAGUGCAGACAAGAGGGCUGGGAACGUGAGUUGCUUCAUGUGAAAGGUCAGGAAGGCGGUGCCUGCACUUCUGCCUUGGAGCCGGGCGUGGAGGUGCGGGUCGGUGUUGGCCUGAAGCUGAUCCCUUCUCCACGGUGACGAUGUCGAGUCUCGUUAAUUUCCAGAAUGAAUCAGAAGUGAGAGAGUUCCUGGACAACCUGGGCAUCGAAUACAGUUACCAGUGCCGCAAGGAGAAGGACCCCGAAGGAUGUCAACGACUUGCUGAUUAUUUGGAAGGGAUUAAAAAAAAUUUUGAGGCAGCUGCUGAGAUAUUGAAAUACAACUGUGAGGAAAACCAUCACGGAGAAAGCUGCUAUAAGCUUGGUUCUUACUAUGUGACUGGAAAAGGUGGAUUACAACAAAACCUGAAGACUGCAUAUGAAUGCUUUGUUAAAUCGUGUGAAAAGGGUGGUAAGAAGUCAGUUGAUGCCUGCCAUAAUGCUGCAUUGUUGGCUCACGAUGGACAAGUAUUGAACAAUAAACCAGACUCCGUGAAAGCCAGAGAUUACUACACCAGGGCCUGCAAUGGGAACUUUGUAGCUAGCUGUUUUAAUCUAAGUACUUUGUUUAUCCAGGGAGCUCCAGGUGUGACCAAGGAUAUGGCCCAGGCCCUGAAAUAUUCUCUUAAAGCAUGUGACUUGGGUCACAUCUGGGCUUGUGCAAAUGCUAGUCGAAUGUACAAAUUAGGAGAGGGUGCAUCUAAAGACAAUGAAAAGGCAGAAGUUUUGAAAAACAGAGCACAAGAUUUGCAUAGGGAGCAAAAGGAAUUUUCACAGCAAUUAAAAUUUGGGCAAUGAUAUUAAAUUCUGGUGUAAAUUUGUUUCUUACUGGAACAUCUUUGCUUUAAAUACAAACAAUUUUUGAAAUAUGCGAAUAGUGAACAAAGCAGAAUUGGGCUAAUCUGUAACAUACUCCUCUGAAACUUUCUGGCAUUAUUCACAUCUGAAGAGUGGAGGUCUGCUUGGGUAUAAAAUUAAAACUGGACCCAGGGCAGAGGACAUUUUCUGAUACCUGAUGCAGAGUCCUGAGGAGCUUUGGUCAGAUAGUUGGGCUGUGGAGGGAUGGGCUGCUGCUCUGUUCAGGGCUCCACCAGUUCAGCAGCUUUCAAUGAGUGUUGUGUGGGGAUGGGCGAGAGCUACCCGCGGAGCUCUCCUUUCACCUCUCUGCCUCCCAGUGCUUAAAGCUCCAUACCCUGGAUGUUGAUGUACAUACAAAUACCCAGUGACAAAGUCAAAUGACUAAGAAUUCUGAUAUUUAAAACCCAGGACUUGCUGCAAGGUGUGCCACACUCAGUAUUCCAUCUGGGCCCUCCUUGCAUCCAAGGAGCUAACAUGUAGCUGCCAGCCAUAUGCCGUGGCAUUCAAUGGUGUGAACUCCCAAUCACGUGUCUGUGGCCUGUUUAAGAGUAGGUCCACAAAAUUUUCAAAAGAAGAAAAAAAAAUCAACCCUCAAGACAGUUAUCUCAUGGGCAUUCCUUUACCACCUCCCGGUCUCAGGCAGCCAUUCGUGACCCCAAACCCCCACUCUAAUGCUCCCACCUGAAUAUUCUAAAUGCACUGCUACCCUUCCCAUCAGCCUCUGUUUCCUACAAUCCAGACCAAUGACCUACGUGUUUUCUUCCAUAAUGACAGAGUUAGCAGUGUACGGGCCUUUGAAUGCAUUAGCCUUCCAAAGCUCUGUCAAUUGCUCGUUAAGUUUACAGCUUCGCAACCAAGAUUUUGCUGCAGCAGCACCAUGUGCAUUUUCUGGCCUGUUUAACCCACACUUGCCGAAAUUACGGGAAUUUUCGGCCACACCCUGAUGAAGAGUACAACUCACCUGUCCUCUUUACUUACCCACCACAUAGCUUCAAUAUGAAGCUUUUCCAUCCCUUUUAACAUUUAAGUCUGUACGUUAGUAAGUUUUCAGAACUGUGAUCUUAUCAAAGCUAUUUUUCUUGUGAUGGCCUGUGCCUAACUGAAGGGUGGCUGUUGCUUUUCAUAGUUCAGAUCUGAUCCAACCUAUUGAACAGAAAAGAACUGGAAUAUAUUAGCAUUACCUUAAUAAACUGUGGUUGGUUUCUCAGUCUAUAGUUGCUUUGGUUACCCAGAAAUCCCAUUUUGAAGAGUUCCUUCCUUAGAAGGUACCCAAUUUUCCUGUAGUUGAAUUUAUCGUUUCGUUGAUAAAGCUGACAGCUGUUCAGGUAGUUUCUUGACCUAUUGGUGCUCUCGUAUCAAGGAAGGAAGCAUAGCAAGUUUAUCAGGAUGCUGCUGGAACUUAAUACAUUUUGCAAUCAAAUUAGGAUAUGUGAAUGGUUUUUCAGAUAAAAUACUUGUUAAAAUAUACCUGUUUUGUCACCCAUUUGUUCUCCUUUGUUUACAUCUUGCUUGGAUCACAUAUUAUUUCUCAUUCUAGACAGUCAACGUGCUUUCAGGCCACAGCUGAGGUUACUCUUAAACUGGCCACUUACACUUGGGACACCAAGGCACUUAGAUCUGUUUGUUUUGAGAAUCUUCUUGAUGCAUUAUAUACCCCUUGGAGUACCAUAGUGAAUCACUGAAUUACUAUUACAUUUUACUUUGCCAAUUAUUAGCUUAGAAAUAUCUGAACCUUUACAAAUGUAAGUUUAUCCUUAAUAAAAGUGCACAUCUCUAAUACAAAUAAUGAAUUUGAGAAAAGUUGUAGAUAAUUUAAAACAAAAUCAGCAAAUGGAACAAGGGAUGAAAGAAUAAACUCACUCAUGUUAUUAGAAACUGGUGGAUUGCUUUACUUCAGUUUACCAAAGUUAAGACUAAUCAGCCCCCUGGUUAACGUUUUGAGUAGUUCAGCCUGAUGGUUUUUCUAGUGGGUGAAGCCAAAGAUAGUAAUGAAGUCUUGCUGUUCAUACCAUGUAAGUGAGAAUUUUAAAUACAGAACAAGAAUCUUUUCUCCCCCCCCCCCCCAGUGAAGUCCCCAAAAUAUAUACUUUAUCAUCAACAGCAUGCUUCUUAAAUUGUUAAUGGCUCCUGGCACUUGACAUUCUCAAGACCAUUUACCAUGGUUUCCUAAAAUGCAUAACAACUUGUAUCAUUGGAUGCCUGAACAAGCCAAUUAUCAACUGCCCCAGGUUGUAAUAACUUACUAUCUUCAACACUACUCGUUUCUAUAUUUUGUGCUUGUAUAAACUACUGCUCCUGCAGGCCAAGUUUAAAUUAUUUUAUAAAUUCUCUUUUGACAUUCUUGCAAUUUACUUCAUCUGCUUGUUGAGCUCCUUGCAUUUCAUUUACUUCCAAUUCACAUUUCCAAUUUUUAUUUCUGUUUAUCUUUCCAUUUUCACUGUUAAAUUUCCUGUUUACAUUCUAUUUUCACACUUGCUUUGUUUUAUGAUUUUCAUUUGAUUUUGCCUGUCCACAAUUGAACUGCUCGAGUUUCAGCCCUGCUGCCGUGCAUUACCAUCUCAAGCUGUCCCCUCAGGGAAAUGAAUAAAACUUUUGCAAGGGAUCAGAGCAUCCACAAAGAAAGGAUAGAGUAUGCAUUUACAUAACAAUAUAACCACAUGCAAUUUUAAAAUAAAUUACCAAAAAUGUUAAAAGGUAUAUAAUCUCAUACCUAAAUCCAAGACAUUUCUUAGUGGCAUAUGAAAGGGUUGGUGCCCAUUUUCUUUUAUCCAUAAAACUGAGCAAUCUGGAACACUUGAGAAUGUGUAUGAAAUGGGGCCAUGUAACCUACAAUCUGAAAGAGGGAGUUAUCACAUCUAACAACAAAUGUUAAGUUUUACAUAAUUACAAUCAUGUUCAAGACUGACAAAUUCAUUGACAUCUGAAACGGUAAAAUUCUGUUUAUGAACUAUAUCAGUGCAGGGCAUGACAAAAUUACGGAGCUAAUAGACAAUCUUAGGAAACAUUAACAAAUUUGUUUCACUUAAAAAUGUUAUUCAGAUACACAUUUCCUGUAUACACAACAGGGUAAAAGCAUUUGGAUCAAAUAAGAUCAUUCUAUAAAAGAAAGUUAAUUAAAAGUUUAUUUUCACAACUGUGGUUAAAAAAAUAUAUACUUUUUAUUUACCACGUUAUCAAAAUGUAAAUUUGAAUCAUUGCUGUAGUUACAUAAAAGUAGAUAAAUGUUUAUCACAAUUUAAAAUCCUAGCAUGUUUAAUUAUAAUCUAAUUAAAUAUGACUCUCUGCACAUUAAUAUUAAAGUCAAUAUCAAAUUCAAUCUAACUUUGCUGAAGUGGAUUCAAGGCAGUAUUUGGGUUACUGUAAAUUGUCAGUGUUCCCACACAAUAGAAGGGAAACUGUUCCUCUGCUUGGUGGUUUGGUAGUGCUGGAAAAUGGUUGUGAGAGCACAGGAUUGGCCUUGGCUUUGAUGUUCCAUGGUGGAAAAAAAUGUCCAUUUUCACUGAUUCAGGAGAAGAUGCUACAAGAAAGUUUAAAACUGCAGAGCUGUAAAUCAGCAACUUCAGGGCAGUAAUUAAGAACAGAGACAUAGGAGACUGCAGGUGCUGGUAUCUGGAGCAACAAUCAAACUGCUGGACAAACUCAGUGGGUCAAUAAAUAUUCUGUGUGCUUUUCAUCAGUUUUUACAAGAUAUUUAAGAGUUGAAGUAAAUGUGAAAUAAAGUCUUAUGUCCAUACAGUUUUAAUUCGUGCAGCAAUACCUUCAACAAUUAGUCAUGCUUUUAUUUAGGUUUUAUGAUUAGCCAAUCAAAUGCAAUUUCAAACAAAACUAAACAUUUACCUUGCAUUGCAUAGGAACAUGAUAUCACAUUUAACCAAUGAAAUUCUCCCAUAUUCUAAACUACAUUAUGAUCUUGUAUCUAAACAGUACCUGCAUAAGUUAUAGUAUCAGUUCAGACCUCGAAGCUCCAGCUAACAUUUCCUAUCAUUUGCUGUUUAUAAGUAAUAUAAAGCAAGUGCAAGAAAUUUGCUGUUUGCUGACUACAUGACCUCACAAUACCCGAUCAGCAAACAUUCAAUUGGUUAAGUGACGAGUUAUGGCAUCCUUUCAAUGUAUGUCAUACUUUGAGAAAAUAGUCAAAUUUUGUGGCAGUUUUAACCAAAACAAAAUAUUGGAAAUAUUGGUGAAAGAUCUUUUACUUUCUUCCACCUGACGAGAAGUUGCAACAGGCUUCCAACAAGUCAAGUGGCAGGGAAUGGGGGUACCCUGGGUAAAAAUACACAGGAAGAUCCAGGAUGGCAAUAGAAACUAAAUGGCCAAAGGGAUGAUGGUGCAAGGCAAAUGAAAGUGGCAAUGGGAUGAGUGAAACAUGAUGAUUCUGAAGGACAUUUUCAGGUUUUGUUAGUGAAAACUAAACACAUGAAUUAAGUCCAGUUUUUUUUUCUUUUAUAAUAUUUAAAAAAAAUAGGUGGGCUCUUCAGUUGGAAGGUCAGUAUUUUGUUUGAUAAAGUAGUUUAGAACAAUUUCAGUUCAACAUUUUAUGGAUUGCAAAGCUCAGGAUUCCACCCUGAGAUAGAAUAAUUCCCAUAAUGAGGGAAGUUCAUAUCAAAGUUGGCUUCCUUAAACAGUUUGUAUUGGAAGAGAACACUUGCAAAACUGUGGGAAUGAUUGCUGACAUACAUCUCUGCCAGGGAGUGCAAAAGGAUAUCAUGUUAUGACACAGAAACAACGGAAAAACAAAACAUUUAUCUUUUUCUCUGAAGUCACUGGCUACAUACAAUCUGUCACCAAUUUUAAUAUGUAUUCUGGAUCACUGGUGAUUCACAAAAUUGAACAGAACAAGAAUCAUUGAUCAAUUUUGUCUGUGCCAGCUCUAUGAAAACUAACCAACUAAUUCCAUGUAUUUAUUCUUUAUUUAUUGGUUUGCAAUGCUUUUCAAAUUUUUUUUCAGUUGAGUGUUACUUUUAAAUUUGAUUCCACUAUCAUUCCAGG